ACAAGAGAUUGGAUGACUUGGCCAGUCCCAGAGUCAGUAGGUUUCUGGACCUGACUCUGUAUCGCCCUGGCUUCAGGGUCAGCUCUCCAACUACCAUCCACAUUGCCUCUGACAUAGAUUGUCAGAGGUUUGCUCUACAACCGACAUCUACAUAUGGACAUUCACUAAUGAUUCAUGAGGAAGUAUCAGCAAACACACAAAGUUGCUGCUGCUGCUGCCGCCGCCGCCACCGAGAACAUCCAGGUCCAGCCUCUGGGAGCUAGCAAGAGACCACUCCUGCCCCUUCCCCUCCCAGGCGGUGGCCCAGUCAUGCCAGCCCUGCCCCGAGGCCUCUUUCUGGGUCUCCUGGUUACCCGUCCAGGCAUCUUUCCAAUGGAAUUUGGCUGCUGCUUUUUUGCAUUAAAUUGCCUCUGUGUCUUGGUCCUUUUGGAAACUGCUGCAGCCCAGAGCUCCAAAGGUUCUCAAUGUCGGUGUCCCCAGCAUGCCACUUGUAUCAACGGGACCCACUGCACCUGUAAUGAUGGAUUUGCUACUUGGAGUGGGCAGAAAUACUUCAAUGACCCUCUGGAGAUCUGUGAUGAUGUUAAUGAAUGUGUAUCACCCGUAAGUAUCUUUUGUGGUAAGGAUGCAGACUGUGUUAAUACAGAUGGAAGUUACCACUGCACCUGUGUCCCUGGAUAUGCAUUUCCUUCUGGGGAGGAGACAUUCCGAAAUGCCACCAUGAACAACUGUCAAGAUGUCAAUGAAUGUGCACCAUCCAUGAAUAUCUCUUGUGGUCAGAAUGCAGACUGUGUUAAUACAAAUGGAGGUUACCACUGCGCCUGUAACCCUGGAUAUGCACUUCCUUCUGGGAAGGAGACAUUCCCAAAUGCCACCAUGAACAACUGUCAAGACGAGGAUGAAUGUCAGCUCGAACCCUUAAUCUGUGAACCCCGUGGGCUCUGUAUAAAUAAUCUCGGAAGCUAUAUAUGCAAAUGCAAGCCAGGCUUUGCCAAAAGCAACAAGAACCAGAUUAAGGACUGCAUUGAUGUUAAUGAAUGUGCACCACCCAUUCGUAUCUCUUGUGGUCAGAAUGCAGACUGUGUUAAUACGGAGGGAAGUUACCACUGCACCUGUAGCCCUGGAUAUGCACUUCCUUCUGGGGAGGGGACAUUCCCAAAUGCCACCAUGAACAACUGUCAAGAGAUCUCCUUCCCUUCCUGGACACCACCCUCUGAAGUCAGCCAGGGCUUCCUCAACCAACUGAGAUUUAUCACCAGCAAAUUCAAAAAUGCCUCUGCCCAGGAAUCCAUCACGGAGUUCCUGAACGAUAUAGUGGAACUUCUGGAGUCAUCCAGAGAUCUGGAGCAUCUGCCCUUAGAGGCUCGGCUUCAAGUGGCCACUUACUUGCUCUCUGGCUCUGAACAAGUCCUUCGAGCCCUGGCACAGACCAUGCCCAAUGGGCCCAUGGUCUUCCCUGCUCUGAGGGGCACAGAGCUGUCCAUGAACGUUAUGGAAAAACCGACAGGGAGCGUUGAGGUGGGCAGGAGCCAUUCAAAGAUGAGGCUGAACUGGAAUUUGGCCUGGAAGCCUGGUGGCUCAGAAAAGGCUGUUGUGGGCCUGUUCUCCACUCAUAAAAUGAAGAAACUGCUGACCAACGCCCCGCUUGUCUUGGAGCCUGAAACGAAGGCUGCCCUGCAGCAAAUGAAUGAGGCCCGGGUGGAAGGGGGCAUUCCAGUUCUGCUCUCUGCAGUCAGCACGGCUUUCCUGAGCAACAAAGACACUGGAAAUCUCAGCUCCCCAGUCACAUUCACCUUCUCCCACCCAAACGUGUCCUGUGAGCCACCGGAAGUGAUCUGUGCCUUCUGGCAAUGUAACAACGGAAGCGGUCACUGGGCAACCACCGGCUGUAAGAAAGUGGGCUGCAAAGGGUCCAGUACCACCUGCAACUGCACCCACCUCAGCAGCUUUGCCAUCCUCAUGGCCCAAUAUGAUGUGGAGGACUGGACGCUGUCAGUGAUCACUCAGGUGGGGCUGGGAGUGUCCCUGGUCUGCCUGCUCCUCUGCAUCCUCACCUUCCUGCUGUGCCGGCCCAUCCAAGGCUCCCGCACCACCAUCCACCUGCACCUGUGCCUCUGUCUCUUCGUCGGUUCUGCUGUCUUCCUGGCUGGCACCGCCAACUCUAGCCAAGGCCAGGUGGGGCUGCGCUGCCGCCUAGUGGCCGGCCUGCUGCACUACUGCUUCCUGGCCGCCUUCUGCUGGAUGUGCCUUGAGGGCCUGGAGCUCUACUUCCUCGUGGUACGCGUGUUCCCGGGGCCGGGCCUCCGCACGCGCUGGCUCUGCCUGCUGGGCUACGGGACCCCCGCCCUCAUCGUGGCCAUCUCUGCGGCGGUCAACAGCCAGGGUUACGGCCGCCCGCGCUACUGUUGGCUGAGCCUGGAAAACGGCUUCAUCUGGAGCUUCCUGGGGCCCGUCACACUCAUCAUUGCAUUCAAUGCCUUCAUCUUUGUGAUCACUGUCUGGAAACUCACCCAGAAGUUCUCAGAGAUCAACCCUGACAUGAAAAAAUUAAAGAAAACUAGGAUGCUGACAUUCACAGCCAUUGCUCAGCUCUGCGUCCUGGGCUGUACCUGGAUUUUUGGUCUAUUCCUGUUUGGCCCUGAGAAUCACGUCCUGGCCUACAUUUUCACUAUCCUCAACUGCGUCCAGGGCUGUUUCCUCUUUCUGCUCCAUUGUCUUCUCAACAAGAAGGUUCGAGAGGAGUACCGACGCUGGGCCUGCAUAGUCACUAAGAGCAAAUACAAUGAGUUUUCCACCUCUACAACCAGCCAGAGCCGGGCCCUCAGACCUUCGCUGGAGUCUGGGAUGUGAACGACACCAACGGGCCCCGUGGGGACACUGCAGCUUUUGCACAUGCCAAAGAAUGAUUCCGCCGCCUAUUCUGUAACCCCUCUUGCCCACUACUCCUAAGGAAUCCACCUUCCCUCCAAGGCAGGCCUCAUCAAGGAACAUAAAGCUCUAGGGAUGCAGAGCCAGUCCUCAAGGGAACCAAAAUAUAGGUCAUGCUAUUCUGAGGGAGGGCAGAGAAAUUGCCCUGGCUUAGAAACAUGUAGCUCAUGAUUCCGUCCCCCACUGGAACCAGCUCCCUGGGGAGGGUGCUCUCUGGGCUCAGCCUGGGCUUAUGUUCCCUCCCCCAGCUUUGGCACCAAGGGCCAGGACCACAGAAGAUGAGAUGGAACUGAGCCCCAAUUUCCUUUUUCUCACGUUAUUAGGGAAGGAGUGUGACCAACAGUGACAGGCAAACGGUACAAAGGGGCUUGUCCCCAUCCUUAUCUACUGAUGGGGGACACAGGCAGCUCUGUCAGUGGACUUUUUUUUAUUUGUUAAUAUUUAUCUUUUUUUAAAGCUUUCUAAGGUUGACAUUUCAGAUUAAACAGACUGAGUUCAUACAUGA